GACAUAAGACCCGCCUUCAUUCUAUUAACGAAAACGCGUUCCGGCUUCUUGGAUUCUUUCAUUUAUCCAGUUAGCAUUUAGCGCUUUUUUAUCCUUUAAAAUGGGAAUCACGAAAUUGUCGGAUUUGAUUCGUACUGAUGCUCCAGGUUCAAUAACUUACAAAGAGAUCGGAGAUUACUCUGGCAAAAUAAUUGCACUUGACACCUCCAUUAUUGUGAACCAGUUCCGCUCAGCUCUAAAUAAUCUCAAUUUAAGCUUGUUAGGUGUGUUCUACCGCACACUGACCUUCCUGGAGCACGACAUCAAGCCAGUGUUUGUGUUUGAUGGAGAUCCUCCUGAGCAGAAGAGAGCUGUGCUGGAGAAAAGAGCACAGAGUGCAGGCUGGAGCAGUGCACAGCGCUCACACACCCUGUCCUCUAAAACCCAGGAAUUCCUGCGUCUCCUCCAGCUCCUGGGUGUCCCCUGUGUCCAGGCUCCUAGUGAUGCGGAGGCGUGUUGUGCUCAGAUGGUCAGAGGUGGAGUGGUGGACGCCGUGGCCUCAGAGGACAUGGACACACUGGCAUUUGGAGGGACGGUCCUCCUCCGUCAGCUCAAUGCGAAGAGAGUGAGCGAGGUGAUGGAGUUCUCUCUGCCGAAGUUACUGGACAUCCUACAGCUGACACAGGAAGAGUUUGUGGAUCUGUGUAUUUUACUGGGAUGUGAUUAUUGUGAGAAGAUCACGGGUUUGGGGCCGAGUCGAGCGCUGAAGCUCAUCCAGGAGCACCGCACUAUAGAGGACGUGAUGCUCAACAUCAACAGAAAGACACACCCAGUCCCUUUAGGCUGGCAGUACCAGGCUGCCCGGAGGCUGUUCCUGGACUCACCCCAGUCUGAUCCUCCGUGUCUGCAGUGGAGCGAGCCAAACGAGCAGGAGCUGGUGAACUUCCUGUGUCAGGAAAAACACAUCAAGGAGGAGAAGGUUCGAGGACGGAUGGAGAAGUUCCGUCAGAAUCUCGCUCACAGGAGGAAAGAGAGGGAGGAGAAAAUGGAGGGAGGCAGACAGACCAGAUUGGAUGAGUUCUUUCAUGUGACACGGAAAAGACGGUCUGCAGAACAAGGCCGAUCCACAGACAGGAAGAAAGCGAAAGCUAACUGAUGCUGCUUGUUUUUUUAGCCUUGAUGAUGGAGGAAGAAGUUGAUUAUUUCAGUCUGUUCCUGAUUUAUUUAGUUUUAUUUGAUUUAGUUUUAUUUUACUUAUUUUAUUUAAUGCGAUGUGUAAUGAUGUUGAUGAUGUCAGUGCUCUGAAUGUACUGAGGAUGUUCACUAACACAUUUGAUCAUGUUACACUCUGAGGUUUAUACAUACUGUAUUUACUGAAUACACACAGUCCUGUAAAUAU